AUGGUCAAACCGGGGGUGAAAGCGGGACCACUCAAACCGGGGGUGAUAGCAGGAACAGUCAAACUGGGUGCGAUGGCAGGAACAGUCAAACUGGGUGCGAUGGCAGGAACAGUCAAACUGGGUGCGAUAGCAGGAACAGUCAAACUGGGUGCGAUGGCAGGAACAGUCAAACUGGGUGCGAUAGCAGGAACAGUCAAACUGGGUGCGAUGGCAGGAACAGUCAAACUGGGUGCGAUGGCAGGAACAGUCAAACUGGGUGCGAUAGCAGGAACAGUCAAACUGGGUGCGAUGGCAGGAACAGUCAAACUGGGUGCGAUGGCAGGAACAGUCAAACUGGGUGCGAUGGCAGGAACAGUCAAACUGGGUGCGAUAGCAGGAACAGUCAAACUGGGUGCGAUGGCAGGAACAGUCAAACUGGGUGCGAUGGCAGGAACAGUCAAACUGGGUGCGAUGGCAGGAACAGUCAAACUGGGUGCGAUGGCAGGAACAGUCAAACUGGGUGCGAUGGCAGGAACAGUCAAACUGGGUGCGAUGGCAGGAACAGUCAAACUGGGUGCGAUAGCAGGAACAGUCAAACUGGGUGCGAUGGCAGGAACAGUCAAACUGGGUGCGAUGGCAGGAACAGUCAAACUGGGUGCGAUGGCAGGAACAGUCAAACUGGUUGCGAUGGCAGGAACAGUCAAACUGGGUGCGAUAGCAGGAACAGUCAAACUGGGUGCGAUGGCAGGAACAGUCAAACUGGGUGCGAUGGCAGGAACAGUCAAACUGGGUGCGAUAGCAGGAACAGUCAAACUGGGUGCGAUGGCAGGAACAGUCAAACUGGUUGCGAUGGCAGGAACAGUCAAACUGGGUGCGAUGGCAGGAACAGUCAAACUGGUUGCGAUAGCAGGAACAGUCAAACUGGGUGCGAUGGCAGGAACAGUCAAACUGGGUGCGAUAGCAGGAACAGUCAAACUGGGUGCGAUGGCAGGAACAGUCAAACUGGGUGCGAUGGCAGGAACAGUCAAACUGGGUGCGAUAGCAGGAACAGUCAAACUGGGUGCGAUGGCAGGAACAGUCAAAAUGGGUGCGAUAGCAGGAACAGUCAAACUGGGUGCGAUAGCAGGAACAGUCAAACCGGGGAUGAUGGCAGGAACACUCAAAUCGGGGGUGAUAGCAGGAACAGUCAAACUGGGUGCGAUAGCAGGGACAGUCAAACCGGGGAUGAUGGCAGGAACACUCAAAUCGGGGGUGAUAGCAGGAACAGUCAAACUGGGUGCGAUAGCAGGGACAGUCAAACCGGUGAUGAUAGCAGGAACAGUCAAACCGGGGAUGAUAGCAGGAACAGUCAAACCGGGAUGUGUGUGGGGGACGGGGUGA